CUCUCUCUUUUUUUCUUUCUUUUUUUUUUAACAAAAUUCACUUUAUUCACGUAUCUUAUGUUAAUUCGUUGAACAAACAUACACGUAAGGAAGAAAAAAAAAUAAUAUACCGAAUAUUGAAGAUAAUAAUGAUGUCAUUAUUGAUUUGCAUUUAACUUAUUUAUAAAUUAUUUAUUUAAGAAAUAAGAGAAAAAAAAAAAUAAAUAACAUAUUCAAUGAAAGAUCUAGGAAAAGUACUGGUCGAGCUUGAUAAUUAGGUAUUUUUCGUUAUCUCGUCGCAGAAGGAAAGAUUUUUUUUUUUUCUUUUAUUUCCCCUUACAAGAGACGGUUCUUGAUAUUAUAAUUAUUACAUGAUCGUGUUCAUCAACUAGAAAAAUUAUAAUUACAUUCCGGUCAGGUAUCACUUCUUCGAUAAACAUCGUUUAGUUGAAAUGUUUCUUCUAAUAUCGUUUAGAAUGAUUGGACUUUAAUUAACUAAUUCAAAUAUUUAUCGUGUUAUUUACACGAUAACAAACAUUUAAAGGUUUUCUUUUUUUUUUUUUUUUUCCCUCCUCCUCGAGUUUUAUUUGCGUUUUCAAUCAAUUUUCAAUCAUUUUCUAAUUCCUAUUAUUUAUUAAACGAUGUAUCAUUCCUUUUUUUUUUUUUUUUACCAUCAUUAACUUAACCGUUAAUAUCACACGUUGAACGAUUAUCAUUCCGUUAUUUCUUCGUAAAUAUAAAAGUAAUAAAGUGUCUAUGUGAAUUGUGUCUACGUUAUCUGAACUUAAAAAGAAACAACCUUGAAACCAGUCACUUUUUAUUUCUCAUUAAAUCUUGUUUAAUAUUGAAACGACAAAAUGAACAAAAUUAUUCCCCGCAAGAUAUUUAAAUAUUUGAUUUUAACGAUUAUAUAGUCCGAAGAAUUUGUAAUAACGUUGUGUCGUACUAAAGUUAAUGAGAAACUAUCGAAAAAAAUGAUUUUCUAUGACGUUGAAAAACAGGUUACUAAGUGCGUCACGAAAUAGACGACGGGAUGAGUUUCUAUCUGGUUUUUCCUGCAUCGUUUCGAGAAAGUUAAAUCGUUGUAUGCGUUUUAUCAGGUUACACGGAACAUUUGUAUCGAUAUCGAAUGAAAAUUUUCAUUAAAAAAGAAAAGAAAAAAAAGAAAACAUUUAAGAUUCGUAUAAAAUCUAUAAUAUUAUUAUAUCUGAUAAAUAAUUGUUCAUCCCAAUAUACAAACUUUUCCGAUUAUUCGAUAAAUAUUGAACUCUUAUGCAGUUGUCUCAUUUAGACUGGGUUAUUCUAUCCCAGGAGAAUUCGCAGGACGUUGACCGAACCAUCGAAAAGGUUCAAGGACAGAUCGUUUUCGUUCGAGUCUUAAAGAAUGUUCUUCGGUUGUACAUCGGUUGGAAAUGCAUUACCAUUCCAUGUAAACAAUAUUCCAAACCCGGAACGUUAAUCGAUCUCUCUUUAAAAGAUUCAAUUAACAAUAAUAAAAGUUUGAAGUAAACAAAAUCGGAAGGUGGGAAUAUCUCGAACAAAACAAAAAGCUAUGAUUCACGAUAAGAACGUGUUGUCCAAUUGAUCGACCAAUUAAGUGACGUCAGGUGUUUCAGAGAUACAUUUUAGUUGGAAUAAAAAUAGAAAAAAAUAACAAAAGUGAAUACUCUUUGUUGCAUCUCGGCAACGAUCGGAUUUCUGAAUCGAAUCGUAGAGAGGGAGAGAGAGAGAGAGAGAGAGAGAGAGAGGAGCCAGGUAGGAUUCAAGGUCGUGGCAAAACAUAAAAAGUGGGUAAAAACAAGUGGCAGACGAGCUAACACGCGAUCAAGAAGCCGGUUUAGUUCGGGGAAUCGAACAAAUUCCUGAGUGGGCCGGUCCCGGUUGCAAUUAAAUCGGGAAAAAGGGAAUGAGAGAAGAAGAGAUCGGGUUCCUGUUAUUCAAUUGUUUCGAAGAAAAUCCUGAGGAAAAUAUUAGCGAUUGAAAUGAAUAAUACGAAAAGAUGGCUUUGGUUUAGUUGAGAGUCCGACGUGCGGUGGUGUUUAUGUUUGUGUGUGUGUGUGUGUGUGUGUGGCGCCAAAUGAGAAGAGGGGAUUCCAAUAAAAAUACGUAUAACACGUAUAUGUUCCUGAAGUGGGCAGACCGCGUUCGGCAGCUCUCAGUUUCCUCUCUGUGGUUCGUUCGAUAAUGACACCAAAACCGAUAUCGGGGAUUCGCGCGAAUACCAUCCUGACACACCUAUUCGCAUUCUAUUACUAAUUAUUCGGAUAUAGUGUGCGUGUUCCGGUGUAUUCCUACGUAGUGUUCUAAACUAAUCGUUUGUUACCUUCGAUUUUAUUCCAAAAAAAAAAAAACCAAUCGCAUUCGUAUAAACAAUCUAUUUUAAAUCUAUAUUCAAGGAUCAAGCAACGAAACAAUUCGUCAUGGAAGAAACGUCCAAUGAAAGUUGCUUCAUUAAAACCUUUCAAAGACUACGUAGAUACAAAUUAUCUCCUACCAAGGAACAUUAUUGUUUCGAUAAGAAUACGAGAGAAACCAAAGAGGAGGAUGCUUCACGUUGUUUUCUUAAUAACGAAAAAGUGGGCAGGGUUGUCCCUGCGACACAGGAUAAAACAAAUCAAGGAAUACAACAGGAAAUUUCAAUACCAGUCGAAUCGUUCGAGGUACCACCUAGAGGAAAAAUAAUGGGCGGCGAGAUGUUUCGACAAAUUUUAAUUGGCGUAGUUUGCAAUCUAUUGAUCAUCGAUAGCGGAUUCCAAGAAGGCUGGAGUACACCAACAAUACCAAAGUUCAUCGCUAAGGAAGAUCCUCUGACAGUGAACAGCGAUCAAAUAGCUUGGAUGGUUAAUUUACUUUACGUUGGUGUCGGUAUCGGUUCAUUGAUCCCAUUUAUUUUGAUGAAUCGUAUCGGUCGUAAGAAAACAUUGCUGUUAGCCGCAUUACCUAAAAUCAUUAGUUGGAUUUUAAUCGGCGUGGGAACCGAACAAAUGAGCAUCUUCUGCGGUAGAAUACUAGCCGGUAUCGGUUGCGGUAUUUCGUAUUCCGUAUUGCCAAUGUAUCUCGGUGAAAUCAGCAGCAAACGUACUCGUGGUCUCUUAGGUACAAUGAUGGCGGUUAACAUGAACAUUGGAAUGUUACUGAUAUUUACCGUAGGUCUCUGGAUUUCACGAUUUAUGAUGUCCAUGAUCGCCAUGACCGUACCGAUCUUGUUCGUGGUUAUGUUUGCCUGGUUACCCGAAAGUUCGGUCUUCCUAACUCAACGAAAUCAAUUAACCUCGGCUAAAAAGACGUUAAGAUGGGCAUUGGGAAAGGAUAACGUUGAGGAAGAAAUGGAAGAAAUAAAAAGAAUAUUGAUAACCGAGGAUACUUCGAGGAAAUUAACAUUUUACGAUAUUAUCAAGGAAAUGUUUAAGAAGAGAGAAAAUAAACGUGGUUUUGGGAUUAUCUUAAUUUUAAGCAGUGCAUUGACGCUUACCGGUGGUGCACCGAUAUUAGCUUACCAAUCGGAAAUCUUUGAAAAAGUGAACUUUGCGGUGUCCACGAAUUUGAGCAUUAUCGUUACCGGUUGUGCCAUGGUCUUUGCCGGAUUUGCUUGUAUCCUAUUGGUUCAUAUUACCGGAAAAAGAAUAUUGUUAUUGAUCUCAGCGCCUGUUUGUUUCCUCGCAUUAUUUAGUUUAGCUUUAUUCUUUACUUUCCAUUCGGCCGGUUACGACGUUUCAAGAUUCAAUUGGGUACCAUCGGUAUUCGUGAUGAUUUUUGUUCUUAGUUAUGGAUUGGCAUUGAAUCCAAUGCCUUUGGCAUAUCUAGGAGAAAUAUUUCCUUUCGAAAUGAAAAGAGCUGCCGCAAUAUUUGCCUCGGUUUAUUACGCUGGAACUACCACAGUGAUUGUCAAAUUUUAUCAGGUAACGCAAGAUCUAUACGGUAUCCAUGUACCCAUGUGGAUUUUUACCGCGAUAACUGUUAUUUUAUGGAUCUUUAUCUAUUUCUUCGUACCCGAGACGGAAGGGAAAACAGUUGAGGAAAUAUUGUUGAAUUUGAAGAAUAAAAAAUAAUCUUUUAAAAAAAAAUCAAUACGUUUAUCAAAGAAAUCUUAUA